CCUAGCUUCCGCGAUCUCCAAAUCAAUGGGUGAGAUGAAAUGGAUUGUUUCUCUCUGGUUUCUGUUCGUCAUCGCGAAUUCGAAUCGUGCUUCUUCCGCUCACGGAAGAGAGAUUCCGGCAACGUCAGUGCCGGUCGUCGGGUUUUCAGCCGGGAGCCGGUUGGAAACCGAUUCACCCGGGUGUUGGGAUGCUCUGUGGGAGAUAAAGUCUUGCAUGAGUGAGAUUGAGGCUUACUUCAUCAACGGGACGAUAGACAUUGGUCCAGAGUGCUGCCAAGCCAUCACCACCAUCACUCGCCACUGCUGGCCGGCUGUGCUCUCUGGCAUCGGCGUUUCUCCGGAGGAAUCCGACAUUCUCAGAGGUUAUUGCGACGCCGCCGAAUCAUCGCCCCCAGCUGAUCAUGUCGGCGGCUCGUUUCAGCCCAUUCCAAGCCCUCCUGUCGUCGUCAAUUAGUUAGUGUAGUACAGUACAAACCAUGGUCUUCGUGCCACUUUCAUUGUCUC